UUCAAUUAAAGUAGCACUCCAUGGCCAAGACCAAGACCAAGACCAAGACCAAGACCCUCACCUUCCUUCUCAUUCUGUUCACCAUUUUCUCUAUCUCAACCCUCACCACCGCCAAAAAAAACCAUGGCUUCUCAAGAAUCUUAUCUCCAGCUAAACUCGGGCUAAAGCGUGAGAAACUAAGCCACCUCCACUUCUACUUCCACGACAUAGUCAGUGGGAAAAACGCCACGGCGGUGAGAGUCGCCGAGGCUCCGAUGACAAAGACAUCACUCACAGGUUUCGGGGCCGUUGUGAUGAUCGACGACCCUUUGACUGUAAAGCCCCAGCUGAGCUCAAAACCCGUUGGCAGAGCUCAAGGAAUCUAUGCUUCUGCUUCGCAAACUGACGUGGGGUUUUUAAUGGCGCUCAACUUUGCUUUCACUGAAGGCAAGUAUAAUGGCAGUACUCUCAGUGUAUUGGGUCGCAAUACUGUGCUCUCCGAUGUCAGGGAAAUGCCUAUCGUUGGUGGGAGUGGGCUUUUCCGAUUCGCACGUGGGUAUGCUCAUGCUCAUACUCACACGAUUGACCUUAAAACUAGUGAUGCUGUUGUGGAAUAUAAUGUUUAUGUCUUCCAUUAUUGAUGUAUGUGUUUUACUCUUGUUUUUUAAUUUAAUAGCUAUAGUGCUUUGAUUAUUAGCCUUUUUGUUUUAAAAUUUUCGUUUAGAAUUAGAAGGCUUUGGGAAUUAAAGCCGUUGGGUUAGUCGUUUAAGGAUGACGUUGAUUUGUGUGAGUUUAUUUACUUUUUUUUUUUUCUUUUUCUUUUCAUUCAAUAAAAUAUUAACUAGUACUACGAAAGAAAAGUUGAGGAUUUUGUAUCAUUAUUUUGAGAAUGAUUAUUAUGUUUAUGUGUG